AUAAAAUCACCGAGAGUUGGAUCAGCAAGUGCAUCGGCGCAUUUGCAUACUGGAUUUUCAUUUGACGUCGCCUAUGCUCCUUAUGAAGAAUCAAUAAUAUACGGUUCAAAGAAAUUCCUUAAUUUCGAAGGACAAACGAUGUUAACAUAUUCACCAAUGAAAACGACGGAGAAUCUUCAAAUAACCGCGUGGAAUGUAACAUUCGAUAAGUUGAAACUGACUCAACAUUACGAUAGCGCCGCGUUCACUUCAUGGAUACCACUUGACCAAUCGGCAUGUACGAUUAUUUUAAAGGUGAAUAAAUUCUUUAAAAAAUUGAAAUGCGCUCGUUCCACUUGUCAAUUUAUUCACUAUUGCAUGAUUCGUUGA